AUGGAGCGGCCGAGGCACCAGGGGAUGGCGAAGAACACCUACAUGCGCUGGCGGCUCCCGCUCGUCUGCCUCCUCUGGGAGGUGGCCAUGAUCAUCCUCUUCGGCGUCUUUGUGCGCUUCGGCCCCGAAGCCGAUGCCCACUGGGAGGAAGAGAAGCACAAGAUGAACCUGACCAGCGACAUCGAGAACGAUUUCUACUUCCGAUACCCGUCUUUCCAGGACGUCCACGUGAUGAUCUUUGUGGGCUUUGGCUUCCUCAUGACAUUCCUCAAGCGUUAUGGAUUCGGAGCCGUGGGUUUCAAUUUCCUCCUUGCCGCCUUUGGGAUCCAGUGGGCUCUCCUGAUACAAGGCUGGUUCCACUCUUUCCAGAACGGGAAGAUCCUCAUUGGAGUGGAGAACCUAAUCAAUGCUGAUUUCUGCGUGGGUUCUGUGUGCGUUGCCUUUGGGGCCAUCCUGGGCAAAACCAGCCCCAUACAGCUCCUCGUCAUGACCUUGUUUCAAGUCACGCUCUUUGCGGUGAAUGAGUACAUCCUCCUCAACCUGCUUCACGUUAAGGAUGCAGGUGGCUCCAUGACCAUUCACACCUUCGGAGCCUACUUUGGCCUCACCGUGACACGCAUCCUGUACAGACCCAACCUGGAGCAGAGCAAGGAUAAGCAGGGCUCUGUGUACCACUCUGACCUCUUCGCUAUGAUCGGUACCCUCUAUCUGUGGAUGUACUGGCCCAGUUUUAACUCAGCCAUUUCUGAGCACGGGGAUGCCCAGCACCGGGCUGCCAUUAACACGUACUGCUCACUGGCUGCUUGUGUCCUCACCACAAUGGCCUUCUCCAGCAUGCUGCAGAAGAAAGGCAAGCUGGACAUGGUCCACAUUCAGAACGCAACACUGGCUGGCGGUGUGGCUGUGGGCACCAGCGCAGAGAUGAUGCUGACUCCAUACGGCUCCCUCAUUGUCGGGUUCAUCUGUGGCAUCGUGUCCACGGUGGGGUAUGUCUACCUCACGCCUGUUUUGGAGUCCAGGUUGCACAUCCAGGACACAUGUGGCAUCCACAACCUCCACGGCAUGCCAGGCCUUAUUGGGGGCAUUGUGGGAGCCAUCACUGCAGCUGCAGCCACAGAGGAUGUAUAUGGCAAGGAAGGGUUCAUUAAGGCGUUUGACUUCACUGGCAGCUACAAGACGCGGACACCCAGUGUCCAAGGAGGGUUCCAGGCAGCUGGCAUUUUCGUGUCUCUGCUGAUGGCUUUCGCUGGGGGGGCCCUUAUAGGGGCCAUCCUGAAGCUGCCCGUUUGGGGUGAUGCAGCUGAUGAGAACUGCUUCGAGGAUGGUAUCUACUGGGAGGUGCCCGAGGACGAGGAGAGCGAUGUGUACCACAUGCACAACCCCGACAAGCCUGCCUCGCCAUGAGCCACCGGCUUUUGGGGCUGCCACCUCAGCAGGGUGGCAAGGCUACCCCGGUGGUGGGAAGAUGGCAG